UUUACUUAUUUUGCAUGUGGUCAUGUCCACAACCUGUGUGGUCUGGGUUUCAUUUUGGGGUGGUGGAGUUGAGGUAGUUAAAGUGUACCCUGGUUCAAAUGCAAUUAAAGUGAAACCAUUUAAAUAAAGGAAACGUAACAUUAUCUACAACAUAAAUAACUCAUCUGUUUUUGGUUAAUGAAUGGUUCAACUUGUUGGUGUCACAAAAGAACUAUAUUCCUGCAAAAUGUGAUUUUUGCAGAUAAAGUUAGGAAGGAAACAUAUGUAGGUUAAGGCUACAGUAGAGAGAUGAAGGUAACACUCAAGGGGGUACACUUCCAGUCCUAUAGUACAGCACAGUUUGGUGAUUUUUUUUUUUUUUCCUGCUUUAAAGUACCUCACUUGGGUUUAGGAGUCUAGUAAGAGCAGGGAAUUUAGUCAAUGAGACUUCAGCUUCACAGGACUGGCUUGGUGCACCCCCCUCUACUGUUAAGAGUUCAUCACUGCAGCAGACUGAAAAAGUGGUUUGCUGGUGGGAAGGGCUUGAUGAUGUUUGAGACGGCAGGGAAGACAUAUUUGUCUUCAUCUGCUCAACCUUAAACACAUUUUAGAACAGGAGUAACGACCAAGGUGAAAGAGUGAAGUCUACAGAGAGCUUGCAUGUUCUGAGAAGCCAGGAUCAGUAUGACAACUGAAACAGCAGAGAAUGCAGGAGGAGUGCAACCAGGAACUAAAAAAGGCUUUGGACUGGAGUGUCCCAUAGCUGACAAACGUUUUCAAAGUGACGAGGUGAAGCAGAUCUGGAAGGAGUGCCAAGACGAGAGUUUUUGGUACAGAGCUCUUCCACUCUCUCUUGGAAGCAUGGCUAUCACUGGUGGCCUAAUCUACAACGGAGUUUGGAAACAAUCAAAGCGCUUUGGUCCAUUCCCUAAACUAGCAGUGGCAGGUAUCAUUGGUUACGCAGUGGGAAAAGCUUCUUACAUGGGCACAUGUAGAGAAAAGUUUCAAAAGCUGGAACCAGAGUUCAGCAAAGGCUUUGGCCCAGGUUGGGGUGGCCCAAGUUGGGGUGGCCCAGGCGGCUGUGGACACAAACACUGCACACAUGUAUGUCAGGAGUGUAAGAAAGUAGAAGAAGCUGGAGCAGCGUCUGCAAAACCUGUUCAAAGCUGAGGGGAUUAAGCGACAAAACAAAAAUGUUCUUCCUGCCUUGGCUAAUACCAGAAGUACUGCAAACUUGUACAGUGUCAUCAAUCAUUAUCUUAUGGUGCACUGAAUUUUAUAAGUUCAUUUUUAAAUUAAAAUAAUCAUAAUAAAAUAUGGUCCAAUAUAUAUUAUUUUUGUCAACUCAUGAUUUUACAAUCCAUGCAUAGGAAAGUGUAUGUACGAGCAAGUCUUCCCUAAACACUCAUGUAAUUAAAGGAAAACCUCACCAUGAUACACAUUAAAUGCUUUUAAAUAUAUAUUAAAUAUAUGUUUAUACUGAAAUAUUUGUC